GCUGCCGCCGCUGCUCUCCAUCCGGUUCGGUCGGUCGGGCACCCGGAGGUCUCCCGGGGGCGUCUCUCCUUUCACUGCCACCGGAAGGGGCGCCAGAGCGCAGCGGAUCCCGGAUCCUGCGGCGGCUACUGUGAGCGCCGAGUGCUGUGCAGACGCCUGGGGGCCAUGUCUAAGGAUGCGACCAGAACCCUGGGGAAAGGAAGCUGCCCUCCAGGGCCGGUCCCUGAGGGCCUGAUCCGCAUCUACAGCAUGAGGUUCUGUCCCUACUCGCAUAGAACACGCCUCGUCCUCAAGGCCAAAGGCAUCAGACACGAAGUUAUCAACAUUAACCUGAAAAACAAGCCUGAAUGGUACUACACAAAGCAUCCUUACGGCCAAAUUCCAGUCUUGGAGAACAGCCAGUGUCAACUGAUCUAUGAAUCUGUCAUCGCCUGUGAGUACCUGGACGACGCGUAUCCGGGAAGGAAGCUGUUUCCGUACGACCCUUACGAACGAGCUCGACAAAAGAUGUUGCUGGAGCUGUUCUGUAAGGUCCCACAUCUAACUAAGGAGUGUCUGGUGGCCUUGAGAUGUGGGAGGGAAUGCAGCGAUCUGAAGACAGCCCUGCGUCAGGAAUUCUGCAACUUGGAAGAGAUUCUUGACUACCAGAACACCACCUUCUUCGGGGGCGACUGUAUAUCCAUGAUCGACUACCUGCUCUGGCCCUGGUUUGAGCGGCUGGAUGUGUAUGGGAUAGCAGACUGUGUGAACCACACCCCGACACUGCGGCUCUGGAUUGCAGCCAUGAAGCAGGACCCCACCGUCUGUGCCCUUCUCAUAGACAAGAACAUUUUCCUGGGCUUCUUGAACCUGUAUUUCCAGAACAACCCUAAUGCCUUUGACUUUGGGCUAGUCUGCUGAGCUUCACCAUGUUCCCUUAGCCAUCCACUCCAGGGAUCGUCUCUGAUUCCACUCCAGGGAUUGUCUUCAGGGGUCAGUCCAUCUCUGUUCCUUCUCUUCGUGGUUCCCAAUAAAAAUGGA